CCAACAAAAAAAACAGUCCCCCCCUUCUCUCUCUCUCUCUCUCUGUGUGUGUGUAAAAUCUGCUUUUCUCUCUGACUUAUCUGACGUCCCACCAUCUCUCUUCUCUCUCUUCAUUCUCUCUCUCUCUCUCUCUCUCCAAUGAUCUUAUCUCUCCAUCUAGUUUCUUUCUUGUGUUUCUCUCUCUACAACUACUAUUACUAUCUUUCUCUCUCAUAACUCAAACCAAAUUUGGCAAAAACCAGAAUAAUCUGUCUUUUCACUACACUGAUUUUAGCUGAAGCUCUAUUGCUAUUACUUACUUUGAUAAGGGGAAUAUUCCCACAAUGAGGCCGCCGAAUUUCAACAUCGAAUCCGAAGACGAAUCCGAGGGGAGCACCAGCCAGGUGGCAUCCAACGUAUCCAUCCAAGAAAUCUCUCCGGUCCAUUCCAAAGAGAGCAUCGACAACAACAACAAAAACGCAUCCUACAUUCUAGAAGAUUCCUCGAGGAAGCAUCUAAAUCCUCACCACCAAAAAGGUACCGUUACCCUAGACCUAACCCUAGGAAUCAACGGCUCCAAUUCCGAGACAAAAGACCACGAGACCACAGCAGAUCACCCCCCUCCUCCUAUUCCUCCACAAGCUUCUAGAAUCUUCUCGUGCAACUACUGCAGGAGAAAAUUCUACAGCUCGCAAGCAUUAGGAGGGCACCAAAACGCCCACAAACGAGAGCGCACGUUAGCUAAGAGGGCCAUGCGAAUGGGCAUGUUUUCCGAUAGGUACGCGAGCUUAUCGGCUCUCCCGCUGCACGGGUCCACCGCGUAUCGGUCGUUGGGUAUGGAAGCUCAUGGCUCAAUGCACCAACAACAAAUAGUGCAGAAUAUUCCGGAGAGGAUGCCUUUGCAUGCGGGGGUGGUUAGAGGUGGAGCUAGGUUUAACGUUGAUCAAGGCUAUUUCGGUUUGCCGGUUUAUUACGACGAGGCGGAGAUGACUUGGCCCGGAAGCUUCCGGCAGGUCGAUGGGCUUCAUGUGGUCCAUCCAAGCUUUGACUCCGGUCAUGGGGCCCGUUUAAAUUUCGUGGAGACGGGCCCGCCUUCGAGGAUGGAUUUACCUCUUCCUGAUUUGAAUCUGAAACUUUGAUAAGUAAGUGUUUUUUUCGCUGCUGCAGCCAAAUUUUUUUUUUCUUUUUUAAUUAUUAUAUAUUAUUUGUUAUGAAUAUUGUACAGAUAUUUGAGUGUUGGAGAAUGAUGAAAUGUGAGGUGAUCAUUUAGAAUAGCCCCUGCUUCAGAACAUUUAUAUUUAUAGACUUUAAAUUAAUGGAUGUAUUACUCUUUAAUUGUUACUAAUAAUGUACUUAAUUUCAUUUUUUUAAUUCUU